AUGUGGGUGAGGAAGGGAACUUCUUGCUCUUUUUUCUUCUGUAUGGACAGAAGGCUGCCUAGGCCUGAGUAGGAGGAAGGAUGGACUCUCUCUUGCACUAUGCAAAGUGGCAACACUUGGUUAACUCUUUCUCUCUGCAUUGUCCUGCACCUAAUCUUCCCUGCAAGGUUUGUGCUGAAUGGUGUCAUGGCCCCAGAGCAAGGAAAUGGAGUGGACGAAACACAGUAUUCUGUUAAGUUAAUUAGAAAGAAUUUUAUAUAUGGCAACGUUAACCAUAAAGCUGUGGAAGAUGCCUGUUUCAUCUUCUUCUGCAGUCAAUGUUUAUGUCAAAGUGCACAGAAACAGCCCCUAUCUUGUCUGCAUGGAUUUGUCUCUUUCACAAAGUGAAGUUAUAGACCCCAACUAUUUAUGGAUUGGACCAAAUGGACAAAACCUAAAAAGAAAACAGUAUGCGAACGUUACAGAAACUGGAAAGCUGAUGUUGCUUGGUUUUAAGGAACAAAUGUCUGGAUCUUAUAUGUGCACGCUUUCUUACAGAGUUUUUCGAAAUGACAUGCAAGCAGAAGAAGAAAGAUUUAAGACCUAUAAAUUUAUGAUAUAUGCAUAUCGGGAACCAGACUAUACUUAUCGUAUAUCUGUUCACUUUACUACUAAAGAAUGCAAUCUAGCAGCUAAUAGACAAUUCUUUGAAGAACUACAGAAAAUCUUAAAUAAUUUGCUUGAUUAUCUGAAAUGCCACAUUGUUGAUUCAUCAUACAGAUGUUUUUCUGUCAAGCGACCCAAACAUGGAUUAGUAGAUGAACUAUUCAUUGUUUUUCAAGUAAAUCCAUUUGCCCCUGGCUGGGAGGUUAGUUGCCGUCAAAUUACCACUGACUGUGAAGACAUUACCAACAGCCAUGUACAUAAGGCUCGAGGGCUCAUUGAAAAGUUUUUCCGUGAACAAUGGUACAUCUUGAAACAUGAGUUUGUGAACAUCCCUGCAAUCCAUUACAUAGAUCACAGUUUCCAAGUCACUCGAUUAGACAGCUGUCGCCCAGGGUUUGGGAAAAACGACUUCAUCCACAAUGAUUGUGCAAAUUGCUGUGUUGCCUGUGACCCUGGAAGUUACAGCCCAAACAAUGACAUAACCUGCCAGCCUUGUACAAGCAUCCGGAUUAAACACUAUGGAGCAAAAUCCUGCUAAAUAAAUUCAAAAUAAGAACAGGAGAA